UCAGGCUCAGCUGCAGUGAAUGGAGGCGAGGCGCGCGCACGCAGAGAUCACUCGCCCUUGCUUGUUAUUAACGUUAAUAACGUUAUCUCUCGCGUCACUCAUGUCCCCGGCGACGACGACGGCCGCCGCUGCAGCAGAGGAGCGGAACGGGAACCGCGGUUCAGGUGCACCGCUGUGAUUGAAAUACGCGGAAGUUUUGACGCCACCGAGCAGAAAGGAGAUGAGCACACCGCUCAAAGGAUAGCCCCCCUCCGCCUCCCUCCUCCUCCGCUCCCCUCCCUUCGGUUUGUGGACAAGUGUUUAUCCGCUGCGAGGCGAGAGCUCGGUCCGUGAUGGGAUUCCUUCAGGAGCGACCUGCCGCCUAUCGUUAACCCCUCUGGAGGUAAGGAGUGAAGCCAAACGACGGUUAACUAACAAAAGAGACGCGGUGGGGUGUCGGACGGGAGCAGCUUAUACGAGAAGUGCUCCGUUUUGAGAGUUUGUGCUGGCGAAAGUUGACUACAACAUCCCCGUCGGUUAGUUGGCAACUAAAUAUGGAUGUCAGUUAUUUGUAACAGACUCGGGAGAAGUCGUGUGUCCCGUGAAGCGAGGCUGUUUCCUACAUGUAGCGACUUGACACCCCCCUCCCUGCCAGCUCCACACAUUAUCGCUUCUUUAACCAUUACCAUCAUCUCCGGUGCGGUUCGGGCACAGCUGUGAAGGCGGUCGACGCACGCAAACUUGUGGUAUCAUAAAAACAGCAUGCCACUUGAUGAAGGAACUUCUCUUCAAAGAUCGGGAUUGGAUACUAAAGCUGUGAUGUUUGGCAAGUUUUUGAUACCUGUGCUGAGAACUCAAUAAGUUUUGGAAGAAUAACUUUCUAGAGUUUCACAGAGGAUUUAUUAAAUAGCUGUGGUGAUUCUUGAUGACCGGUGGUCUUGGAAAAGUGAUGGAGACAGAAGAACGGGAGGAUGUUUCACAAAAACACACAGCUAAGGUGGAGGCAGAGGAUGAGGUAACCUCAUGCCACACCUGCGGGGUGUGUGGCCGCAGUUUUCCACUUCUAAGCUCUCUAUCUCAGCACAUGAGAAGACACACUCGGGAGAAGCCUUACAAGUGUCCCUACUGUGAGCACAGGACAGCUCAGAAGGGCAGCCUGAAGGCCCAUAUUCGAAGCCAUAAAUUGGGCCUUUUGAGCCAAAACCUCAGUGACAGGGAGGGGGAUGGAGAUGAAGGGCAGAAAGAGGAUGCUGAUAUAACUGACCCUCCUGAGCUCAGCAGCCCACCUGAUAAAGCUCAUAACAUUAAUGGAAAGGUCAAGAAGAAAACAACCAAGAAAAAAGUUAAGGGUAAAGAUGGUGUCGAGGUUAGCGAUGGAGGUGAUGAUGGACCUUUUUCCUGCACCAUUUGUGGCCAGGUUUUCCCUCAGGUAUUACUCCUCAAGUCCCACAUGAAAAGGCACCGUGGCGCUCAGGAUCACGGUUGCCGGAUAUGUGGACGGCGCUUUCGCCAAGCGUGGUUCCUCCAAAGUCACAUGCGCAUUCAUCGAGUGAAAGCCCAGCUAAGGGGCAGCAAAAGCAACGAACCGCCUGCCACCAUCAACGGGGUUCCUCAGGACCCAGCAUCACUGACGAAUGAAGAGUGCCUCUAUGAGCUCUGUGCAGGCUGCGGUAACUUCUUCAAUGACCGCAGGACGCUGCAGAUACACGAAAAGUUGCAUAAACUGAACCACACUCGCACUCAGAUGCAGAACCCAACACAAGGAAAUGUGGAGUCCUCCGAGGUGCAAGACGCUAAGAGGCAGUUUUUGGAAAGCCUGAACCUCACUUCUGCUGGAGCCAGGGAAAGCCCUGAGGAAGUGAAGCUGGGCAGUCGAAUUCCUGAGCUGGAUCCAAUUUGUAGUUAUCAGUCAUGGCAGUUAGCUACAAGAGGACGGCUAGUGGAGGCUACAGAAAAAUGUCUGGGAUGGGAGGAGAGAUUAGCUGACGCAGAAGUGGCAUAUGACAUAGAAAAAGGCGAGUACGUCCCCUUGAAGCAAGAGAAAAAGAGAAAGCCAAAUGACACAGCCGGCUCCAAUCUUAAGAAGAAGAAGGGUGACACAGGCCUUGAUCAUAAAGGUGGUGACAAAAAGAUUAGCCAGAAGGACCCUAUUCUGCUGAAUGGACUUGGUCAAGCAUUUUAUGAGGCACUGCAGACUAAAAACGUUAAAGAUGUUCACUCCUCAUCUAAACAGACAAAGAACAUCAGGAGCCUAGACCAGGAAGAUAAAAAAAAAUAUUUCUGCGAGCACUGUGAUUUCCACACUGUUGACACCGCGCUACUCAGGUCUCACCUGCACACGCAGCACCAGGACUUCCUGAGUUCCUACAGCAAACAGAGCACCAACUUGGACAUAAGCAGAAGUGGUUCCAAAGCCUCAAGAUACAUGGACUACCUCAGAAGCAGGAGCAUCUUGCUCAGUCAGCCAUACUGGAAUCCCUAUUCAAGUUCUCCAAGCCAGGAGUUAGUAGAGUCAAACAUUAAAAUGGAAAAGACAAACGGCUCAGAGGUCAAAGAGCAGGGACAUGCUACUGGCGAUGCUAGCAGCCUCCUCAAUCUUUCUUCUUUACCCAUAACUGAUGUUAGUUUUUCAGUAAAAACACAGGGCCUGGUGAGACAUCAGUGCCCAUACUGCUCCCACACCACCAACUACCCAGAAGUACUGUGGAUCCAUCAGCGUGUUGCCCACAGGGUGGAUGGCAGCAGCACCAUGGCACCCAAGUGGGCACCUAGCAUUAACAGUCUCAAGAGUUUAAAGGCAGGUGCUUCUCAGUGGAGACGCACGGGACCGCCACCCUUCCUCGAAGGCAAGGACUGUCCAGCUUUGCCUACUCCAAGAACGCAGCGCACACAGCCUCCUGGGGUCACAAACCAUGGCGGCAGCAGCAGCAAUAAGCAGUCGUCCCACAAGAAUCAAUCAGGCACCCUGAAGUCCAAGCAUCAGUCAAAAGACUCACGACCUUCAGAUGCGACACAGUGUAGUGGCAAGGUUGGACUCCAAAAUCAAAAGAAGGAGCAUAACCGAACAGUGGAGGGUGGAUCUAAAGGCUCCAGCACCCAAGCUACUUCGUCAAACAGCAUUGUGAACAGCAAGAGUCUCCAGAGCUUGCAGCCUACAAGCAGCCCAAAACAAAGAGGCAACAGAGCCACUGUGGAGGGGAACUUCCCACAGGAGGGUUUGGGUUUUAUGCUGGCAAGAAGUCGCAGUGGGAAUUCUUCUUCUUCUUCUAACACAGAUAAGCUCCACUCUCGCAGGCAUUCAAGUGACUUUUCUUCAGGUCCCAAAGGUUCUGAUCUCUGGGCUGCCAUGAAUAUGUGGGGGCUACAUGGAAGCAAAGCAUAUUUAGAUACACUCCGAAGAUCUCAGGGAAAGAGUGAAUCAACAGGAGAAACGCCAACGGACAUCGAUAUUUUAAGUCUCCUGAAAAACUACAGUCCACAUGAUCUGGCAGCUCUCUAUCAGCACUGGGGCUUUGUUGAUCCUAGGCUUGUUUCACAGGCAACGAUGCAGUUAAAUGGAAACUUUGGAAAUGAAGUCCAUUCCUCGUCUGAAGCUUCCAAACAGAUGAACAGCCACUCCACUUCAUCCUCAGGGUCUCUCCAUAAAGGAACGUAACGAAACAUUGUGCUUCUCUUGGUUGCAAAGUUCUAACUGCUGAAAAAAGAGAGGCCUGCUGUUCUUCAAAGGAACCAGCCAUAACUCCUGGAGAGGACAGAGGCUCUGGAAUAUGCACAAUAUAUGCAAAGCAAUGCGGUGGACUUGUUUGAUUUUGUAUUAUGAUUGUUUGAUUUGAAGUGUUAAGCAUGUUACGAGUGUAGAUAUGAUAGUUAAAUAAACACACAUGAUGUGUUUUUGAUUAUUUUAUUUGGUGAAAAUGAGGCAAAUGUUCAGGAUUAUUGUACAAAACAACAGGACAGCAUUGUAGAAGUACCACAGCCAGGUGGAAAUUAAAUGUAGAGCCACAACUAUGUGGCUAAACAGAUGUUCUCUUGGCUUAAGGCCCAGAUAUCUGCUUGUUUUUUGGUUACAAAAAGUAGAUCCUUGCAGAGCAAUACAACAUACCAAAUCUUAGAACUCGUAAUUCCACUAAAACAGCUGUGAUGCAAAUACAUGUUUUUAACUGCUGUAUAUCAGUGUCGAGUUUAAGUUUGUUGUUUUGUUUCAUGUACAAAUGUCUUCUUUUUUAAUUUUUUAAUUUCCUUGGUUGAGUAUGUGAUUUUUGUUGCAGAUAACAUGGUGUCACUUAUGUUUUCAGCCCACAAUUUGAAUAAUAAUAAUAAUGAUAAUUUAAAAACUGCGAACAGCUUUUGAGUCGACGUUUUGAGUUUGCCAGUUUUCAUUUGGUCAAAAGUUAUUUGUCACUAUGCACCAUCUCAAGAGUAGUCUGGGCAAAUUCAGAGGACUCUCCUUUAAAAUACAAGUGUUGACUCAAGGCCUUAGUCACACAGGCCUAGAGACCCUUUUGCAAACCCCCGGCAGACUCUUGGUACCCUAACAGCUGGCGAGUCGUUCCUGGAGGUUGCUGAGUGAGAUGUGUCGCAAGGAGGGUGCUGCACCAAAAAUCUUUUGUCAUUGCUUUGGUCAUCAGCAUAUUAAUGCUAUCACUCAUUGUUUACACUGAAAAUGUUGAUUUGUAUGCUAGCACUUGUCAACUUGCCACUUUAACCAACACAUUUCAGAAGGCACAACUCUUACUUUAAAGGUAAAUGUUCUACAUUGUCCAGUUUGCACUUUUUCCACUUCUCUUUUUUAAUAUUACAGUACAGUGAAGAACAACAAGAAAGCAGAGGAGCGAGAGCAGGGAAGGCACAGGCCACAGGUCAGCCAUGCGGCAUAUGGGCGCCUGCUCAUCACAGUGCGCUAAACCGGCACCCCACUAUUCCCACUUUUUAUUGUUUGACUGACACUCGACAAGUAGUUGGCGACUGUUUGCAACAUCUUCUGUAUAAACUGCAGGGGAUCACAGCAAUCGAGAGACCAAAGCAAUAACAAGGUUUUUGUUGCAGCACCUUUUUGAUGACCAAUAUCAACAAGCAGCCACCCGGCUGGUGACGUGGACACCAGUGAAUGCGAUACCUCGAGAAUGAGGAGACGUAGGAGCUUCAAAUUAAUAACACACAGGUGUCUCUACUAAAAAUCUCCAACAGAGUUAAUCACUGCCUGGUCUUUAAGGCUCUGCUAUUUUAAUAUAUAUAUGUAUAUUUAUUUUACAGUGUUCAAAACUUUAUAUUUUGAACCCUACCCAAAGUUUUUCUCCAGUUUUAUACAUUCCUCAUGUAGUUUCACCAGUCCAGCCCACUUAAAAUCAAAGUGGGCUGUAUGUGGCCCACAGUUUAAAAAGAGUUUGACAUCCCUGCUCUAAGGCUUUAGCAGAUGUUUUCACAGAACAACAAGCAACCCAUUUUUCCCUAGCAACUGAUGGUUGCCAACCGGUCGCUAUCCCUGUGUGACCAGAGCCUAAGAUAGAAAUAGUGCAUUUUUUCCCUGUCAGUUUGGAAUCAGUAUUUUUCCUAAGGUCAGAAAUCUAAUUCAGUUACGUCGAGCACAGCAAUGCCAUCGAGUCCUCUAGCUCUGCUUCAGGUUAACAAACUGCUCCGUUGUAGUUUACAGUAAAUUCAGCAGAAUCUUUUUGACCAGUGAAACAGCACAACCAGAAACGGGACCCUAGUGUUUAUCUUGUAUUUUGUUAAUGAAAGGUCCUUGGCCAUUUUCCAAACUUUAGGUCCAGGAUUGAUGUGAAAAAUGAAUCUAGACUCACGCUCGUCAUCGAAGCCAGUCUUUAAAAAGGGUCUCAGAACAACCAGUGAACAAUGAAAAGUGCUGCAAUGUUUUUAUUUUUAUUUUAAAUCCAAGUUUAAAAUUUAAAUGCAACAAUUUGCCCUUAUGUUUUCAAUUAGAGCGCAGACAUCUGCACUUCUUUGGCAUUGUGCUAGUGAUGUAGCCAUUUAAUGCUGUGAUUUAUUUCUUUUAGAAGUAGAACUUGUAGCAAUGAGCAUUUCUACUGAUCCAAAACUCACCUCAGUCUCCAGUUGUUUUCAUGUGUUUCAUUGUUUGCAGAUUUUAGUAAGUUUACAUUUCAGUUCCUCCUUCUCAGUGUAUUCAUAUCCCAUAGAGACGUAGUCUAUGCAUUUAACUAAAAGCCAUCAACUUAUGGAUUCUUGGGAGAUUUUAAGACUCCAUAAUUAUGAAAGCACUGACUUUAAUCUGUGUGGAGAGAUUUUUCUUCUUUUUGAUAAAUAUUGUAAAUGAUAGUUUUAUUUAAUGGUCUUUGUUUGUUUGCGAUGAGUCGGAUUUCAACAAUUAAAAGUAUUUGAUAUUUGUAGUAGCAGAACAUGUUAAAAACAUGUUGAAUCUUCGUCACCUUUGAGGUCAGAGGUCAGGGUCAGCGGGUUGUGAUGCUCCCGCAGCAGGUAUCACUGAGCCUGUGUUUUGCAACGACCCUCUAACUGUAACUCCUGUUUGGCAUGAAGAGACAGGAAGCACUGAGAGAGGGAUAUUUACGCAAGUCUGAACUCUUAUGCAAACCUCCAGCUUACAGUUGAGCUCUCGCUGGGUUCAUUUUUGUGACUAUGUAAACAUGUUUCAUAGUUAUUAUGUUGGUUCAGAAUUUAUAUUUUCGACAGAUCAACAAUUUUUGUCUGACUGUAAAAUUCAAAUAAAGUUGGUUGAUGCCGA